UUCAGUAUCACAAUUCCACGGGCCCCUAGAUCUUGAAACAACUACAAGGUAGCCGGUCAGUUUUUUAAAUUUCGCGCAAUUUAUAAUUCUCCAAACGUGGCCUGCGUGGCCCGAAAAAACAUAUCAGGUCAAGUGAAAUUAACAGAAAUUUUUAAAUUUAAUUUAACAAUGACUAGAAACAUUUUAUCAACUAGUUUAAAAAAUGCAUAUUUUAAUAUUAAUUUUCAAAUUUUUUGCCGUGGUCUUACAUUUCUUUUAAAUGCGUUUGUUAUUCGACAUGUUGGUGAAAAAGUUCUUGGUGUGAUAAACGUCAGACUUCUUUUACUAGAAUCGAUGAUACUUUUGCUAUGUCGAGAACCUUUUUUGAAAGCUUGUUUGACAGAUUCAGCAGAGCACAACUGGGCUCAAGUUGUCAACAUGUUCUGGAUAAUGAUGCCAAUUUGGUCAACGAUAUCAAUUUUAUCUGGAUGUACUUGGCUAUACGCACUAACUACUGCUGAAGAAUUACCACUGUAUUAUAAUUUCGCAGUCUUAGCAAUAACUUUUUCUAGUAUUAUUUAUUUUCUAUCCUUAAUUACUCAAUUAGUAUUGAGUUCAUUUCUCUUCGUUCGGUGUAAGAUUGUGAUUGAAACUAUUACAAUUGUACUGCGUACUUUGAUAUUCAUUCCAAUGGUUUUACAUAGACCGGAAAAUGCAUUAUGGGCUUUUGGUGUUGCCCAAAUAGUUGCUACUGUUUUUUACACAGUAACUCAUUAUAUUUAUAUACAUUGGUAUAUUAAAAAUAAUAUAAAACAUGAUAAGGAUAAUCAUCAAUUAAUGUCUAGUCAAGAUAAAGCGGAAAUUAAAAAUAAUUCCAAGUAUCGAAAUGAAGAUUUUCCUUUUAAAUCUAUAACAGAAUUUUUACCCGGGCAAUUAGAAAAUAAGGAUUCGAUGCUUGAUAAAAAUUUAGUGAUAUUGACUUGGAGUUUUUUCAAACAGGGUUUUGCAAUGCAAUGUCUGACUGAAGGUGAAAAAAUAAUUAUGACGGUAUGGCCGUUACUAUCAUUUGCUGAACAGGGUACCUACGACAUUGUUAACAAUCUCGGAUCAUUAGCUGCAAGAUUUAUAUUUCGUCCUGUGGAAGAUAGUGCGUAUUUUUAUUUUACCCAAACAAUAAAAAGGGACAAGCCCUUGAUAGAGCAAAACCCUGUAAAAGUUCGAGAGAGCGUUGAUGUACUGAUGCACUUGUCUUCCUUUGUGACAUCAAUUGGUUUAGUAAUUCUAGUAUUCGGACAGUCUUACUCAUCAACUCUACUUUGGUUGUAUGGUGGAGCCAAAUUAACUCAUCAUCUUCCUAUUCUUUUAAUGCGAGCCCACAGUUUUUCAAUAUUACUACUGGCAAUAAACGGAAUAACAGAAUGUUAUACCAAUGCUACGGGAGAUAAGGACACAAUAAAUAGAUACUAUACUUAUAUUUUCCAAUCGAUAGCUUAUUUUAUUGCAUCAUACACACUCACUAGAUGCUUCGGUCCAGUUGGUUUAAUUUUUGGUAACUGUGUAAAUAUGAUAGUUAGGAUUUUUUACUCGGUUUCGUUUAUUAAUCAGAGACAUGCUCCAUUAAAAUACCAACCACUACGCAGACUGAUGCCCAAAUUAUUUUUCUGUGGAUCUCUCAUUAUUUCAGCCAUCGUCACUAGUAUUUCACAUACUUAUCUAUUUCCUGAGUACAAAUUGUAUCAUCUAUUUAUUGGAGUCGUAAUGUUUAGUAUCGUAUUAUCAUCAUGGAUUUAUGAAUACAUGGACUUAAUUCAACUGGGUGUUGAUAAAUGGCGGCAUAAAAACUCUCAAGAGCAAACAAAACUCGAUUAAUUGUACUAUACUAGUAAUAUAUAUUUAUAAAACUAUAAUUAAUACAUAAUUUUAUUUGCGUACUUUAUGUGUAUCUUUACUGUACACGUAA